AUGUCCGCAAAAUUUCAAACCAACGAACCCGCUAUCGAAGGCACAACUCCACCUCAGGAUAUCACCAACCCAGAGGAAUAUGGUAAAAACACUGAAGAACUCUCCCGGGAGAUAUUGUACCAUGUCCUCCACCAACUCGAAAACCAAGCUUCAAAACAACCCUCCAUCCCCUCAUCACCCAAACCCAACAGCGACGACCUCGAAGUAUUCCGCUUCUUCGUCGUAACCAUGAUCGCAAUCUCCGUCUUCGGCGCCUCAACAUUCGCCGUCAUAGUCGGAGAAAUGACCGACCCUGCAGACCUUUAUACAACCCCAACAUUUACCCUCAAAACAGUCCGAUUAUUCCUCUCAGUAUCAUGGCUGUCGUUUGCAGUGUCUAUUGCGCUAGCUGGUUAUAGCGGGAGCUUUUUGGCGCUGAUGCGACAACAGGCAAAGGGGGAGAUUGAUGAGGAGACGAUAAGGAAGUGGACGCCGCUAGGGCUUGUUGUUUCUGCUGCGUUGCAUUUACUCAUUGUUACGGGGUUUUUGUUCAUGGCGCUUAGUUUGGUGGCGUAUGUUGGAGAGUUUGGAUGGGUUAUUGUUGGGUUUUCUGGGUUGAUGUAUGUUGUGGUUUUUUAUUUGCUUGGUGCGCAGUUUCGCGCGUUGUGA